AUGACUCACAAGCCAAGCGAAAUACUCCCAAAGGUCGAACGCGAUGCGCUAACAGAACUCAAGACCGACAAGAACAUCGUCAUCGUGCCCGCGGACAAGAGGCGUUCCACCGUCGUACUGGACAGAACAGACUACCUCCAGAAGGCCAAAAACCUACUGGAGGAUCGCCAGUUUUAUGUCCCAUAUGAAACCAACUCCGUAAAAACGCUGACACGCGAAAUUAAUACGACACUGUUGGCAUUGGAGAACCCGGGUGCAAUAACACCGACCGACCGACGCACGGCGAGAGCCCAAGAGACGGCCUUGGCCAGAUUCUCUGGUCUCCCCAAGGUGCAAAAGGAGGUCGCUCCUCUCCGGCCCAUUGUAUCGCUCAAAGGCACUCCAACGUACGGACUGGCUAAGUGGCUGUUCUGGCGUCUCAAGUUCAUGACCGAUGAGUCAGACACCACGGUCUCUUCGUCAGCACAAUUCCUGGAGACACUCAAAGGGGUAAGCAUCCAUCCAAAUGAGGUCAUGGUAUCUUUUUAUUUCACGUCCCUCUUUACUUCUAUCCCUCAGGAUCUGGCAAUCGAGACCGUCGAGCUACUCUUACGAAGCAAAUGCAAUGAAACGGAGAAUCGUCUCAGACAUGCCCAAGUCCUUCAGCUCCUAAAGUUCUGUCUCAGGAUGUACUUCACGUUUGACGGAGCUAUCUACGUGCAGGUGAAGGGAACACCAAUGGGGUCGCCGAUUUCGGGAUUCAUCGCCGAGGCGGUCCUACAGCGGUUAGAGUCGCUGGUCUUCCAACACCACAGACCGAAAUUCUGGACUCGGUAUGUGGACGAUACCUUCGUCGUAAUCGAACGGGGUUAG